CACCAGCCUGUAUAUUUUAUAUAUAGCCGGAAUCUUUCAUUCUUUAAAUUGGGCUCGAUUCACAUCCCCAACCCAAUAACAUGCGCCUCAUCCUAACCGGCGCGACCGGGCUCGUCGGCUCCGCGAUCCUCAACCACAUUCUCUCCCUGCCACCAGGAGAGAUCUCGCGCUUGUAUAUCCUCAGCAGAAGUCCGGUGCCGAUGGCCGAGGGGAAGCCCAAUGUGACCGUGAUCGAACAUAAGGACUUCAGUGAAUACAGCCCCGAAUUGAUGGAGCAAUUGAAGGGCGCGGACGGAUGUAUUUGGGCGCAGGGCAUUUCGCAAACGCAGGUAUCGAAGGAGGAAUAUGUCAAAAUCACUCUCGACUAUCCGCUCGCGGCAGCAAAGGCCUUUGCGGGAUUAUCGGACAAGUUCAAUUUCGUCUAUGUUUCCGGGGAAGGGGCCACCCAAACACCAGGGUUCCUCACGCCCCUCUUCGGCCGCACAAAAGGCCAAUGCGAAGCCGCACUAAUCGACCUCUCCAAGAAGUAUCCCAGCCUGAGACCAUACAGCGUGCGACCGGCGUAUGUCGACCCCGCGUUUGACCCGCAGGUUCUGAAGCAUGUGUUGCAGCGACCGGACCAGCAGACGCUGGGGAAGACGCUGCUGCGGAGAUUCGGUGGACCGCCGUUUCGGGCCUUCCUUGCGGAUCAUGUCUCGCCGACAAAGGAUCUGGGAGGGUUUCUGACGAAGUUGGCGAGGGGAGACGGGAAGCCGAUGUCUGGGGAGGGGGUCAGUGGGGAUGGAUGGAUUGUUUCGAAUGUUGCUUUUCGGAGGGAGGCUGGGCUUUGAAUGCGUGGGAGGGAUAGAGGGGGUGGCAUGAUGAUGCCCUGGGAUUGAUUGUGCUAAUAUAGGGAGGAAUGGCGCUUAGGAUAUAUGGUUUUGUUAGGAUUGGUGUCAUGUAUGGAUUUUCGGUCUUAGCAUAGAGGUGAAGGAAGGUAACUAAUUGAAGGACAAUCUCAACAUAGCGAU